AUGUAUGUAUGCAUGCAUGGGUAUACGUACGGGUGUCUUUAUAGCAUUAUAGACCCGUGGGCAAUACAAUGUACUGGGCCCUAUAGUUUUUUUUUUAUAUUAGCCACAAGUUAGCUUACGUAAAUUAGAAUUGGGCCCCUAGAUUCGUGAGGCAUCCGGGCAACUGGCCUGUGUGCCUAUGCAGAAAGACGGCUUAUUUAUGUUUACAAUUUCUGUAAACAAAGUUGCAAGUUUUCCAUAUGAUGUUAUGCCGGUCACGAUCUGAGGAAACCUCCCGUUGCAUAUGACGCACGAAUUGCUACAUAACAGGUGUAUUUCUGCGUGGUAGUCUCAGGCUGUUAGAAAUAGCAGCCAAAUCUGUUUCAAACUACCUUGGCUGUUUUUUUAAAAAGAAAAUGAAAGAAGGAAGGAAAUGCAGGAUAAUGUUAUUCUCGAUACACUACAUGUGAUUAAAAGUUGUGAUGGUCAAGGCUGGAACUUCUUUGUGUCUGUUUGAACUGCGGUUGACCAGGGGUUAAACAACAACGUCUGAAUUACCAAGACUUUGCCAAAGGCGAAUCAGUAACAACAAUGACGAUGACGACGACGACAACAACAUCUGUUUGCCUAAGGACUGGUUACAGGCUUGCCAACAUCAUCAGUAACUGUCUGCUUGAAACUAUCAUCUUUUCCUUUUUCAACUGAGUCCAUCCAGUGCUGUUCAUCCAGCCAUGCCCCUCCCCCCAAACCAUUCCUUCUAAUUCUGUUGUCAUGGUAACGGAGUAAAUAUAGAAAGCCGUUCAGCGCUAUUUUAUUGAACACAGAACACACAUCAAUAAUUGACAUAUUGAUCGCUUAUCAUCAUAGGGGUUCACAUUUAGGGUAUGUUUCAAGUUUCCUCUACCCCCAAAUCUCACAGAUAGCAAAUUGACUCAUUUUGUGUAAUUCCAUCAACAAAUACCAUGCUUUCUGAAUCGGUCAGUGGUUUUAGUCCAACUAUUACUACUACUACUACUAUUACUACUACUGCUGCUGCUACUACUACCUCUUCUGCUAUUGUUGCAAUUAUUAACAUUAUUAACACUGCUAUUACAAUUAUAUCCAGCAGCUUGUUCGCUAAAUCGAUCGCGGUAUGUGGUGUUUCAUUAAAAGAACUACAGCACGAUCGGUGCCUCUGCUUAAAGGAAAUCCACGCAGGUGAACUAAGGAAACCUAUAGCAUUUGUUUCAAUCGAUAGAGAAUCGUUCCUAGUAGCAGAGCAGGAUGGACGGAUCUACCACUACAUAUACGGAAAUACAGGCGCAGCCAAUCAAUCCGAAGAAUUACAGCGUCAGUUACCAAGGAAGAAGAAAAUUUUGGAUUUGUCUAAUAGAGUCGCUUACAAUAAAGAGCGACCGGUUGACGAGCGUGGUUUGAUGUCCGUGACAACCCACCCGCAGUUUAAAAGUAAUAAAAAACUUUACGUUUAUUACAUAGCCGCAGGACAUGAAUCAGCUGUAAUUAGUCAGUUCCGUUUCUUAGACAACCAACUGGAAAAUGUGACUUCUGAAGAGAUAAUUGUAAUGAUUCCACGUCAGAGACGAAGCCAGGAAAACGGUGGACAGAUUUUAUUCGGUACAGAUGGUCUACUUUAUGUAUCUGUAGGAUCAGGAUUUGGUCAUUGGACACAUUUAGCUCAAAACAUGAGCACAUUUGUUGGGAAAAUACUUCGAAUAAAUGUGGACGUCCCAUCAGCUGAUCGGUUAUACAGCAUACCCACAGAUAACCCUUUCAUCAACACAAGUGAUGCCACACCAGAGAUUUAUGCUUUGGGCAUUAAAAAUUCUUGGAGGUGUAGCGUCGACCAAGGUGAUCCACUGACCGGAACUGGCCGUGGUCGUAUCUUUUGUGGAGAUGUCGGUGAUCAAAUGUUUGAAGAAAUCAACAUUAUAUAUAAAGAAGGAAAUUAUGGAUGGAAUUUACGAGAGGGACAUCGGUGUCGACGAAAUCGUGUCUGUAACUCAGAAACAAUUAGAAAUGAAAUCUUCCCGAUAGCUACCUACAAACAUAGUUAUAAUCGUAAAGUUAUUAUUGGCGGCUAUGUAUACAGAGGGCGCAAAAUACCGCACUUAAAUGGAAAAUAUAUUUUUGGCGACUUUCUCAAUAUAGAUCUGUUCCUCUUGAAUGAAAUGCCCACAGGCCACUGGUCAGAAAGCAAACUUACCUAUUGUGAAAGCAUCAAAUGCGAAUCUAACAACAGUGAAGCACAGAAAAAUCAGUACAUAUUGUCGUUUGGAGAGGACAUUGAAGGGGAGCUGUAUAUGUUGACUACUUCUGAUCUAUUUGGCUAUCAAAGUUCCGGACACGUCUACAGUAUUCGAAGCAAGAGCAGAGAUGGAAGUUCACACCAACGAACUAGUACCGUUUUUACAACAUUCAUGUUGCUUAUUAUCUUGGUUGUCAAAGAACACUUGGUAUUUGGAUAAACAUGGUAUAUCGGUUAAAUUUUGUAUACAGAUAAACAUCUUGAAUUUAAUAAACACAGUAUAUUCGUAAAUGUGGCGUAUUGUUAGAAGGGAGGCAACAAUACAGCAGCUAUUAUGAACCGAUAAAGAGAGAAAAUAAACAUCGAAAA